GACCGAACCAAAUUUGUCGAAUCCUUUACCCUUACCUCCCAGAAUGCCCUGAAAAUUAAGCCGUAAAUACGCCUCCUCAAAAUUUCUCGACUUUGCGGACUUUCCAAUAUGCCCCCGCAAAUUACCAAAUCUGGGCCCGCGAAUACGCGACCUGAGCACUUCUUCUCCUCGCGAAGCUCUCCGAUCUGAAACCCUAGAUCUCUUCUACACCCCAGUGGAGCUAGCGUGGGUUUGGGCUCUCCGGAUAUAGGGUAUAUUCGACGCACUUUGUGUCUGACCGGCUAUGGAGGGCUCCGGGGAGGAUGUCGGGCCCCCCGAUUCGUGGGAGUCGGCCGAUUUGGACGAGCGCAUGAGCAGGUUGUUGGUCUCAUCCAAGAAGAAUUCGGAUUCGUUUCUAUCGAUGUCAUCUCCUUUGCAGGAGUUUGCUGAUGAGACAGCGAUGCCAUAUCUCGUGGCUUCCGCCGCCACUACCGCUGUGUCUUCUGGUUCAGGAGAGCGGUGCGGUGUGAUGUCGGAGGAUGUGUUGAAUCAGGUGGAUCAGUUCCUUAGGGAAGCUCUGGAGAAACCCAGGGAACGGCUCUCAAUUUUGAGGAUGGAGCAAGAUAUUAUAAAGUUCAUACGUGAUCCUACUCAACAGCAGCUUGAGUUCCAGGACCUUCCUACUUCCUAUCUGAGACUGGCCGCACAUCGAUUAGCUCAACAUUAUAACCUGCAGUCGGUAGCCAUGCCCGAUAGUGUUAUGCCCGAUGGCUCUGGUUCUCAGAUUGUGAUUCAUAAAACGCCAUACUGUAGAUUACUUCCAGUACGCCUUGCAGACGUUCCUGUUAGUUUACAGCAGGAAGAUACAAACAGUUUACAAAAAAUUGCAAUAAAGCAGAGACCUCUCAAAAGCUCACAAACUGGUAAUGGUCCACAUUCUCGUUUAUCUAAUCAAAAUAGUAUGAAAACAGUGGAGGAAAGAAAAGAAGAAUAUAAUAAGGCAAGAGCUCGAAUAUUCAGCAACAGCAGCGAUGCUGGCACUUCGACAAAAUCGGAGGUUGAACCAGCUUUGCCUGAUAUUCUUCAAAAAUGCCCCUUGGUAUCACCAAACCCUGAUGAUUCACUUUUUCCUGAAACAUCUGAAACUCACCUUAAGCGGGUCAUGAGCAGCUCUUCUAUUGGCAACAACAGAUAUGGUAGAAAUAGACUGGAAAAAGAACCUGUUGUUGUUGGCAGACAGAAAACGACCAGCAGAGUGGCUAUUUUUCGUGACCGUGAGCUCGAUCGCAAGGAUCCUGACUAUGAUAGGAGUUAUGAUAGGUAUAUGCAAAGGUUUGACCCCGGGUUUGGAUUUAAUGGAGCUCCUUACACAAUGCAACCAUUAUAUGCACCUGUAGUCAACUACAACUCUGAAUUCCCUCAGCUUGGAUCUAUUCAAAGACCUCAAAUAUCUAUUGAACACCAACCAAGGCCUACCCCUCAACAACUACGGGGGACUUGGCCAACUGCAUCCACAGCUUCUGCAGUUAACUAUGGCCCUCCAGAGGGCUUGAUGGCGCAAUAUAAUCCUAGUCAUGUUGGUGCUCACCCAACUUCAUCUAUUUUUUUACAUUCUUCUCAGUUUUCUGGUCCUCCACGCCCAAUGCCAUUUCUACAUGCCCAUGAGCAAGUUCAAUAUCCACAGACUCAUCAACAACAAACUGAAGCAAACUUUGGACUAGCCCGGCCCCGCUAAAGGGGCCUGGGCAUGCCUGCACCUGCCAGCCCGAACUCGGCUGUUCUACUGAUCAGAGGCUGGCAGGAAUAUCGCAGGCAUAAAGACCGGGAUCAGCUGGCGCCAUUCAAUACUAAACUCUUAAACGACCAAACAAUUCCAGCUUUCUCGGUUUCUGCUUCCUGCAUUAAGUCGAACUUGAAGUUAAUCCCUUCACAGUAGGGUGGUAGCAUGAGAUGGAAUGGCUACUGCUCAAAUUUUGUACAUAUUUGCUGAGAAUUAAGAAGGUGCUGCAGUAUUGGGCAUGGUCAUUUUACUCUUUCAGCAAGGAUGCGAUGGCAAGUUAACAGGUUUGCAUUUUGUAGCACUUGCAAGAGUAAUCUGUUUAGUGUUUUGGCAAAUUUUGUGAUCGCCCAAAAUCGUUCUCGUCAAUAAUUCCGUGGUUUUCUUUCCUCGAAAUAGAUGAUGACGAAGGCCCUGUGCACAUUUUGUUGACAUGAUUGUUGUUUGUUUUAGAUAAUGAUAACCAUUUGUUAUGCUAAAAAUAUGCCCUUCAAAUAUUUCACCUCCAAUCAUUUAAUGGCCAUUUUGGAUCAA